GUACCGUCUGGUAAGCCUAAAGUGUAUGUCGGUCGGAUCGAGUCGGGAUUCUUCCGUUGUCUGAAUGUAGCCGAGGAAAAUUGUCGACGAUCGGAAGUAACUCGAACCAUUAUCGAAUUGAAUUUUAUAAAAAAAUAAGUGGAAAUGAUCCGAUUUGUGAUAUGAAAUAUAAAGAUAGAUUCAGUUAGAAAAUCAAAAUGGCGACCGACGUUAUGGAUGGAGGUGCUGUUCGCACGUUUGAAGAAGAGAAGAUAGAUGAUCCACCUCCAAAACCAAAACCUCCACCAAUUGAUGUAUCAGCUGCACAACAACUGCAAAGUGGUCAUGGUCCUAAAACUCCUACAAAUACACUUCCCCAGACACCUGGUAGUUCUGGGGAAAAGCGCAGAGAUAAGGAACGGAAGAUUGGGCACAGAAGAGUUGAUGAAGAAGGGCAGAUUACAUAUAAAAAGAUACAAACCACACAACUUAUGGAAUCUAUUCAACUUGGUAUUAGUUAUGCGGUAGGUAGUCUAGCAUCAAAACCAGAAAGAGAUCUUCUAAUGCAAGAUUUUGCUAUAGUAGAAUCAAUUUCAUUUCCCAAAGAUGGAAGUAAUAUAACACCAGCUCACCAUUACAGUGAUUUCAGGUUUAAAGCUUAUGCUCCUGUUGCAUUUCGAUACUUCAGAGAUCUGUUUGGUAUUCAACCUGAUGAUUUUUUAUUAUCAUUAUGCAAUGAACCCAUGCGGGAGCUUACCAAUCCAGGUGCCAGUGGAAGUAUAUUUUAUUUAACCAAUGAUGAUGAGUUCAUAAUAAAGACUGUACAACAUAAAGAAGCAGAAUUUCUACAGAAACUACUUCCAGGAUAUUAUAUGAAUCUUAAUCAAAAUCCUAGAACACUAUUACCAAAGUUUUUUGGUCUUUAUUGCUACCAGUGUGGCGGUAAGAAUGUAAGAGUUGUCGUAAUGAAUAAUCUUCUUCCAUCUUUUAUUAAACUUCAUCAAAAAUACGACUUGAAAGGUUCUACUUACAAGAGAAAGGCCAACAAAUAUGAACGUAGUAAACAAUCUCCUACAUACAAAGAUUUAGAUUUUCUUGAACACCAUCCAGAUGGAAUAUUUUUAGAAGCUGAAACUUAUAGUGCUUUAGUAAAAACAAUACAGCGAGAUUGUAGGGUGCUGGAAAGUUUUAAAAUUAUGGAUUACAGUAUGCUGGUUGGAAUACACAACCUGGAUCAAGCUGCAAGAGAGAAAAUGGAACAACGAUAUGGUAAAAUGGAGCAGCAGAAAUUUUUGUAUGGAAAUGAUAACGAGGCAACUUCGAAAGGAUCUAGUACUCAAGUGACAGCAUCAGGAACAAGUCUUACUCGUAGCAAGUCUAUCAAUAAACAGCGGCUGGCCGCAUUUUCUACAGCAAUGGAAUCAAUUCAAGCAGAAGUUGAACCAGUUGAUCACGAUGACGAUGUUCCACCUGGUGGUAUUCCUGCAAGAAAUUCCAAAGGAGAGAGAUUAUUACUUUUUCUGGGUAUUAUCGAUAUUCUACAGAGCUACAGACUAAAAAAAAAAUUGGAACACACAUGGAAAUCGAUGUUACAUGAUGGGGAUACAGUGUCUGUUCAUAGGCCAAGUUUUUAUGCACAAAGAUUUCAGGAUUUCAUGGGAAAAACAGUAUUUAAGAAAAUUCCAUCACUGGAUCUACCUGAGAUCAAAGGUCCCCACCGCAAAUUUAGAACCCUGGUCUCUAGUGUCAUAGCUUUAAAACAUUCUCCUUCCAAACGCAAGGCAGCUUCCAUUCGACACCGACCAACUUCUGGUGUAGAAUCUGAUGUGCCAAAAUCAGAAAGUGUUAAAAUAGAAGUGGAUUCUUCAAAAGAGAGUGUUACUCUACCAACAGUGACAGGUAGUUUUGAUGUAUAUCCUCCUGCAAUAGAUGUUACUUCCAGUCCAGCUUUGAAUGUUGUAACUACUACAUCAACUUUACCUAAUAUUGUUAGUGUUUCAACAGGGAAAGAUGUCGCUUCAACAUCAAAAUUGAUACAAGAGAAACAAAAAACAGUUCGCUGUAAUACAGAUCCACUUGUCAGUACAAGAUCUGUAGGAGUGAGAAGUGUAACCAGAAUAGAUAAAACAUUUGUUACAAUAGAUAAAACAGAAGUGAUUAGUACUUCUGAAUCUACUGUGGAAUCUUCAGGCAGUGUAAUUUCUGAAACCAGUAGUUCAACUACAUCAGGUUUAGGUUCUACUAUAAGAACUGUAACUUGGACACCUCCACAAGGCUCUACACCUACUCAUACUGAAGGCACACCUUCAUUUACAGAAUCAAGUUCGAGUGGUGAUAUAGAUGAGAAAUUGUGUAUGUUUCCUUCAACACCUGUAAAAGGAAGUCAGCAUGACUCUCAAGCUUCCAUACCAGAUUCAACAAAUUAUCAAGAAACUGAAAUGGUAAAUGUUUUAAUCCUUAUGUACACUAUUGCAUAGUAUUUUAUCAUAAUA